CGGAAGUGAUACUUUGGUCUCCUACGUUUUCAGAUAACGCCAUAGCAUGUGGUUUGUUCUUCACUGAUUGAGUGAACCCUGUUAUUCAGCUCAGUUUCUCUGCUGCUUCUCUGCAGUUGUUUGAAACAUAUUAGAUUCUGAACGGACGCUCCUGUCUCUUGUUUUCAAGCUGGCGAAAGAAACCACGGCCCAGAAUUUAAAAUGUCACAGGCCACUAAACGCAAACAUGUCGUGAAAGAAGUCCUCGGAGACUUCAUCACUCCCACAGAGAACCAGCAGAUCGUGAAGGUGAUCGGUAGCCGUGGCAACAACCUCCAUGAAACAAUCACGGCUCAGGGCGAGACCUUCCUGGUGAGCAUGCCCACCAAGUUCCGCAAGAACAUCUGGAUCAAGAGAGGAGAUUAUGUGGUUGUGGAUCCUAUUGAAGAAGGAGAGAAGGUGAAGGCAGAGAUCAGCUUCAUUCUCUACAAAGAUCACAUUCAGGACCUGCAAAAACGGCAACUCUGGCCCCAGGGUUUUAUGGCGGAGCGGCCAUCACUGGACAAGGCCAGCAGGAAGGAGGAGGACGAGGAGAAAGAGGAGGAAGAAGGGGAUUCUGAAGAUGACAGUGACCUCUUCGUGAACACCAACCGCUGCAACUACCAGUACAGUGAGAGCGAAGAGGAUGACAGUGAGGAAGAGGAGGAGGAAGAGGAAAGGACAGGAAAUGGAUCAUAGCUGCAGCGGAACAACAAAAGUAAACCUGCGAACUGAAAAGAUCCACUGACUGUUCAGCUGUCAUUACCGACCGGUUAAAAUUUUGCUUUUGGGCAACAGCUCCCUCUGCUGGCCAGUUGGAGCUCCUUCACUGACUCUCAGAUUUUCAGCUUCUGCCCAAAAUCAUCUAAAAUGUUCAAGUGGAAUUAAAAUAUAACCAGAAUUAGCAUCACAUACAGUGCUCUUCGUCUUCCUAACAUCAGCAACACCGACGCACAGCGAAAAAGUUAUGCGAUUGAUACAGCUGCUGCUGCUUCGCCCGUCACCAAGGCGCCAAACGGGCUUUAUAAGGUUUCACAUCUUGAUCUGUUAACCGGAAAGAAUCAAAGGCACAAUUCAGCCCAUGAGGACAUUUUGAAAAUGGAGCGUAUGAGGAAAACAGGAACGGUUGUGAUCUCCUCUUCCACUUGAUCUAUCAGAGCCCAUAUAAAUGUCAAAGUGAUUCUGUUUGAUUCAUUUCUUCUAAUACGUACAUGUUAAAUGUCACAGUGUGAUCAAACUGUCUUAUAUAAAUAAAAGCACCUCCUGUGCUCGGGCAUUACAGAGCGAGGCGACAAACCUGGGCUCUGUUUUAGAAA